AUGGCCAUAGUCCUCCCUUUCGGCAUCACAAUUGCCAUGGAAACUUGGGUCAUCGGGACUAGCGCUUUCACAUUUGCCGUCUCGCUCAUCAGCGAGAAGAUGGGAACAGCGUUCCAACCGAGCCCGCUCGACCAGCACUGGGGCAGCAAACGCUCAACCAUCGCCAACCAGGCCACCAUGUUUCAGAUCAACGAUAGUGAGCUACGUCUCUCGGAUCUCCGCCGUUUGCAUGGGCUUUGGAUGAAUAUGACGGCGCCGGAUGGUACGGCCGUGUUUACUUCGACGGGAGACGCGAAGCAUGAUGGCAUUGAGGGGAUGGUGGGCAUGGCCACAGUAACUCACGCGCCACCGAAUCACGGAGUCCAGAGAGGCGGCCUGUCUUUCACCAUCCCUGGACUCGACACCCCAGUCAACGGGACGUGGAUAUCCGUUCCUGAGAGCAGGGACCUCGUGAAUGACGAGGAGGCCCAAGCGUUCAAUGAGCUCUAUGAGGGUAUCCUCGCUAGGAGGCAGCGGGCGCACAAGACCCCAGACGCCUUCGACAGGUACAUGCAGCUGCGCCACGACGCUCAGGAGUCGCGGGAGGGGUGA